CUGAUCGAUUCCCCCAGACGGCAAAGUUAUUUUCCGCCUCGGACUUUUGCAGUUCGCAGUGCUGCUGUCGUAUGUGUUGCCAUUUAUUUUCUCUUGUAAUAAUUUUGUGUAUAUGUCGUCGUAGUGGGCUCAGCGAGCAAAAAUGCGCGACGAAACGCAGCCGGACUAAAGAAUCGCGUGUGCAAUUGUGCGAGCACGAAAAAACUAGGCUGAUAUCUCUGUGAAACAAGUGUUGACGUGGGAAAUGGCGUGGCUCGGCGAAGGACUUUCCAGCCUCUCCAGUUUGAAGGGGCAGAUCACGAAUUUCACGAAAGAAGUGCUGUCCGACGGCAUCGUCAAUGAGAUUGACGAACGAUCGAAAGACUUGGAGGAGGCUAAUGCGAAAUGCACGCAACUGCAGGAGUUACUCAACUCGAAAGAAGCAGAGAUUUCUAUAUUGCGAAGGCAAAACAGCGAGCUCCAAAAGGCCGUAGUGGAAUUCCGGAGCAAGCCUCAUGAUUCCAGGAACAAUGGAGCGCACCAGGACGAAGACGCGGGCGGAGGCUUCUUCUGGGACCCGCCGUCGUCGAGGAGCCGCAAGGUCGAGAACCAGAGCAAACUGCUGCAGGACCAGCUGGACCAGGCCACCGUGAGGAUCCGCGACCUCGAGUCGGAGCUCAAUCGUGUGCAGACGCUAAACUCGUCGAACGUUAAGGACGAUGCGAAUAUCAAGGAGGAAGGGGCCUCGCAGAAGGCGGAGCUUUUGCGCGCCAAGCAGGACGUGAUGAACCGCAUAAUUCAGAUGGGCGAGAAGAGCCGCGAGGUGGUGAGAAACGCCAAGCGUCUGCAGCAGGACGAGCUGACGCUUGUGGGCGACUUCCGCAAGGCCAUAUCGAAGCUGGCCUCGCCCGAGCAGUACGACCUGAUCAGGUCGGCUCUGAUGGCGCUGGAGAACGAGAGCGAGCAGCUGCAGGGCAGCGCGGAGAAGACGGACUCGGUGGGCUACGACGCCGAGGGCAAGUCCCGAAACGAGAAGGGACGGGACGAGUCCGAGGCCAAACUGCGCCGGAGAGUCGAGGAUCUCGAGGCGGAGAACCAGAGCCUGUCGCAGAGCAUCGAGGAGCUCGACAAGCAGAACGCCGAGUCCAUUGAACGCGUCCUGUCGCUGAAGGAGGAACUCCAGAAGAAGCACCACUCACUCCAGGGCGCUUACGAGCAGCUCUAUGUCGAGUACAACCAAGCUCUGGGUAAGAUCGAGAACCUCCAGCAGCAGCAGCAGCAGCAGCAGCAACAGCAGAAGCCCGAGCUUUCUAAAGCGCCCAACAAGUCUUCGCUGGACACCGCCGUCCAGACGCUCGCUCAGCUGAAGCUGGACAAGGAGACCGAGAUCCGCCCGGCCAAGGAGGACAAGCAGACCGAGAUCUCCACGAGCAAAGAGGACAAGGAAGUCGAGGUCGACCUCAAGCCCGAGGACCAGCAGGACCUGGCGUCCGAGCUGAAGAAGGUCAACGACAUUCUCAAGAACGCUCCGCUCGAGCCGAGCAACGAGCAUCUCAACGACUCCGUCUUCGUGGCCGUGGCCAGGCAGUUCGUCGAGCUCAAGUGGAAGAAGGAGACGCUCGAGCGCAAGCUCACCGAGCAGAGCCGCCAACUCAAGGAGACCCAGGAGCUGCGCGACUCGCUGCAAAUCGAUUGCGAGGACAUGCAGACGAACAUCGAGUCCCUGGUGAUGGAGGUGCAGCACCUCAAGUCGAACCUGCCCUCGAUACCCGAGGCUAGCGAGGAACGCGUCGCCUCCCUCGAGACCGAGACCGAGUCCCUGCAGGCGGAGAUCUUAGCGCUCCGUAAAUCCAAAGCAGACAUGUCCUCCGAGCUCAAGGCCAUUAAGGCGGCCAUCCGGGAGGAUGGCGGCGGCGGUGGCGUCGAGCUCGCCACCAGGAUAGAGUCUCUGCUGGCCGAGCAGAACAAGUCCAAGUCGAGCAAGGACCCGGCAGAGCUGCUGCAGGCAACUCUCGACGAGAACACGGCGCUCAGGCGCAGGAUUGACGUGCUGGAGAGCGAGCUCAGGGUCUCGCUCGAGCGCUGCAAGGGCCUCGACGAGAACAUCGAGCUGAUCGAGGAGCUGAAACUUGACCUGGAGAACGCGCGCCGCGAGCUCAAGAUCGCGCUGUCCAACAACAAGCGGCUCGAGAACUCGCUGACCAUCCUCCAGGAGACCAAGAACGAGGUGGACGCGGACAACGAGGUCCUCUCCAGAGAGAAGGAGCAGCUCGAGGCCGACCUCAAGCUCCUAAGCUCGGGGUCGGACCUCAAGAAAAGCGACGGCGAUGCGCUCGCGGAACUGCGCGAGCAGCUCAAAAAGUCCAAGGAGGAGAAGGACGACCUGGAGUACGACAUAAGGAACAUGAGGAACGAGCUUGACCAGAGCCUCGAACAGCUGGAGGCCAACAGGGCGGAGAUCGAGAAACUGCAGCUGGACAACGAGAGAUUGGCCAAGGAGAACGGUAAGCUGCUGGACCAGUUCUCCGAGACGCAGAAGGAGAACCUGGACAAGGUCGAUCUGCUCAACACGGAGAUGACGCUGCUGCAACAGGAGCUCGAUGGCAACAAGGAUGAGCUUGAGAAGACCAUGAGAUAUCUGAGCGACAUGGAGGAGAAGAUUCUGACUCUGAAGAACGAGAAUGAGAGGCUGAACGUGGAGGCUUCGAAGAUCAAGGAGAACGAGAUCGAGUUUCUGAAACUGAAGGAACAGUUGGAAGAGCGGAGCCUGGACCACACUAAAGAAGAACUGGACGCAGCUCUGAAGAAACUGAGCGAGCUUGAGGAAAAAGUUUCCAUGCUCGAGAGCGAGAACAAGCGGCUGCAGGACGAGCUGAUAAGAACCAGCGACGUGGACAGCGAAAACAAGAGACUCGUCGAAGCGAUCGAAGAGAAGCAAAAGGAGAUCGCCAAGAACGAGGAAGAGGCUGCUAACGUCACGACGAAGCUGAAGUGUACGGAAAAUUACAUCUCCAGUUUGGAGGACGAGAGCCAGAUUCUGGAGAGCAAGCUCGCGCAAGUCGACCAGGAGAACGAGAGCGCCAAGAAAGAGAUUGAAGAGCUGCGUCAGCAACUUGAGUCGGAGAGGAGGCAGAAGGAAGCUGACGGCAAAGAACUGUCCUCGACGUACCAAACCGAGCUAGACAAGCUGAAGGGCGAGAACGAAAGAUUGAAAUCAGAGCUGGAUAAAUUACUGGUGGAAAAGCGCGACGUCGAAGUUAACACGAGAGCCAGCUCGGACGCGCAAGUUUCUCUGACCGAAGAGGAGCGCUCGCAGCUGCUCGAUCAACUGAGCGAAAAAUUCAAAGAGAUCGAGAACUUGAAGGCGACGAUAUCGAAGGACAAAGAUUCGGCGCAGAUGGCUCGCGAAACCGUCGAAAAUCUCUCCCAACUAAUAAGCUCCAAGGAUAACGAACUGAUAAAACUCAACGCGACAGUCGACAUGUUCAGGAACGAGCGAGACGAGGUGGUAAAGCUCGUGCAAGAGAAGCACAACGAGAGCCUCCAGUACCACGCUGAAAUCCAGAGACUGACCCAACUGAUCAGCGAUCAGACGGCAAAUCUGCAGAAGGCCAUCGCCGAGAAAGACGCUACCCUGGCUAGUCUGCAGGAGAAGGAGUCGCAGCUCCUCUGGACUCAGAACGAGCUCCAAGUGGUCAAGCAACGACUGCAGAACAUCGAGGAGUCGAACAAUCACGGAGAACGUUGCGGCAUAGCCGAGCACACGCUCCUGAGCAAGCACGUAUCCACGUUGGAGGAGAAGAGCAAGGCGAUGGAGGCUGCGAUUCUGCAGGAUCAGUCCAACAUCCGAUACCUGCAGGAACAGCUGACGGAGGCUCAGAGCAAGGAGACUAUCGCCCUGAAAGAGGUCGAUAGGCUGAGAAACCAUCUCGUCGAGAUGGAAGCCAACUACACGGAGGAGGCGUUGCAAUCCGAGGAGAUCCAGAGAACACUCCAGGCGAGACUCAUGCAGGCCGAGGAGAAACUGAAGAACAGCUCGACCAUGUACACGUCGGCGAGCGUGAGAGCGAAUCAACAGGUCGAGACGCUGCAGCAACAGCUGGCUUUGAUCGUGCAGCAGAGAGACGACCUGCAGAAUAAAAUAUCGUCCGCUGAGGACAAGGUCCUGUCCUACUCGGCUUCGCUCACCAAUCUCCAGCUGGUUUUGGAGCAGUUCCAAAGAGAUAAGGAAAAGGACAUCCAAGCAGCGACGGAAAAGUUGCGCGUCGAGCUGCAACAGUCCUACAAAAAACAGGAUGAACUCGUCUCCGAGAUUACCUCUCUAAAAGAGCAAUUGGCUGAAGCUAAGGAAUGCCUGCGAGCCGCCUCAAGGUUGACAGAGCAAUUAGAAAAAAAGUCGGAGCGCAUUGAGCUACUCAAUCAAGAAGUGAACAGGCUAACUGAGCUGGUAAACACUGCCGAUCAAAGGAUUGAAGAGGCAAAGAAAAGCGGCGAAGGGAAAGUCGACAGAUCUCUUGUAAAAAAUCUCUUAUUGGGUUACAUAUCUUCUCCGCAAAACGACAAAACAUCGGUCCUCCGUGUUUUUGCCAAUGUUCUUGAUUUCAAUGAAACGGAACGCGAGAAAUCCGGCCUUACUGAUUCCGCCGCCAAAAACAGUUGGUUUUCGUCCUUGGUCAACAGCAGUCCGGCUUCUAGCAAGGAACAAGAAGCUUCUCUAUCAUCAGCUUUUAUUAAAUUUUUGGAAAGCGAAUCACAACCAAAGCCCCAGUUGCCAGCUUUGCCUAUAUCCAACUCGCCAAUAAGCAGACCAGGUCACAGCAGACAACAUUCGUCUUCAUCUACCCAUUCGACACUUUUGUUGUCAAAUGUUACGCUUCCAACAUUCCCAGAUUUUGUUCCGGCAAGAAAUACAGGAUCAAUUUUAAAAGAGGUCCUCAAAGAUAGCUGAUAUUAAGUACUGUAUUUUUUUGUUGAACCAUUCAUUUAUCUUGUUUUGAGAAAGAUAUUAUUUAAAAAAGGCUUGUUGUAUAAAUUGAUGAUUGUAAUUACGGCUUGUAAAUAGAAGCAUUUGGAAAUUAAAAUUGUAUCAUAAUUAUGUAUGUAUCUACAACUUCAUUCAUGAAUAAAUUUUCUUAAAAUAUAA